ACUGACGCUCCGACAACCACACCUACUACGACAGCUACAACUGAAGCUCCUACGACCACUACAACGACAACUGCAGCUUCUGCGACAACUGGAGGACCUACUACGACAACUGCAGCACCUACUACGACCACUGCAGUUACGACAACUGUAGCUCCUAAAACAGCUACAACUGCAGCAACUACUACAACUGAAGCUACGACAACAACCACACCUUCCACUACAGCUACAACUGAUGCUCCGACAACAACCACAUCUACUACGACAGCUACAACUGAAGCUCCUACGACCACUACUACGACUACAACUGCAGCACCUACAACCGACGCUCCGACAACCACACCUACUACGACAGCUACAACUGAAGCUCCUACGACAACUGCAGCUUCUGCGACAACUGGAGGACCUACUACGACAACUGCACUACAACUGUGCUCCGACAACAACCACAUCUACUACGACAGCUACAACUGA